AUGAUACUGAAUGCAGUGAAGCCACGAGGGAGUAGUCAGAACGAGGCACCGGUUCUAGCUGAGACCGAACCGACGGCAAUGCAGAUGCUGCUGAUGAUGAUGUUAGAAGAGUCGGUCGGCACUGUCAAUAGCGAGGCAGAAAACUCAGGCAUCGGAGAGCUUUUCGGCAGCCCCGCACACACGAGUCGGGACUCUCUCUGA